GAACGGGGAACCGCGAGCAAAAUGGCCACAUUACAAGUGUGUCGGCGGUUGUUGUCGCGGGUUGCCUUGAAGACAUCAGCUCCAGUGACAGUUAACCCAAAGAGAUACUUGAGGGCCGGUGACAGGUUGCCAGAUGUGGAGGUAUAUGGAGCCACACCGAAUGAUGCCAUCAACCCUGCUGAGUUGUAUAAAGGAAAACGAGGCGUGUUAUUUUCAGUAGUUGGCGCCUUUACCCCAGGCUGUAGUGAGUCACACAUUCCUGAAUACAUAUCUAACCAUCAAAAGUUCAAGGAGGAGGGGUAUGAUGUCAUCUGCUGUGUAGCUGUCAACGACCCUUUUGUCAUGAAUGCCUGGGGGAAGGAACUCAAAGCUGAGGGAAAGAUCAAAAUGCUGGCUGACACAAGAGGCGAGUUCACAAGGGCGAUGGGCAUGCAGCUGGACUGUACGAAGCCUCUCGGGGGAUGGCGGUCCAGGAGGUAUUCUAUAGUGGUGGAGGACAGCGUGAUACAACAGAUCAACGAGGAUCCAGAUCACACAGGCCUGGUUUGUCUGCUGUGUAUAAAGAACAUGAAGAGUCGGGCACGGGCACCACCAUGACAUAGGUCUGGACCCCCUGCCCCGUCGUAGUGUCUUCUUUUCAACUUUGUGAGCUUACGCUACCAUUUGAUUUGUAUUAUAAUUUGUUCACUUUAAUCAAGGCAUUAUCUCCAUCUGGACAAAAGGUUCUCGGCUGAUAGUUUGUGUUGAUGAGGACUUGGGAUCUGUGCAAUCUGCUGUUAACUUCUGUAGGACCAUGUCGAGUUGCAGUUGCAUCCCACCAUCUUCAGUUAUCUUCAGAGUAUUUAGUUGAAUUCUACUAUCAUAUUUACCUUGGACACAUUCCCCAUGACUGCUUGGUGUUGAGUCUGAUUUGAAUGGCACAUGGCUAAAAAUGAAUGUAUGUUUUGAAUAAGACUCAUGAUCAGGAGAAAUUCUAUGAUAGUGUACAUACAUCAAAGAUUGUGAUGUAAUAAUUGGCAAAUUGGUCCAGGGUGGAAUGAAAAUAUCUUUCACUGCACCACUUUGAAUAACAAACGACUUCUCUUUGGUACUAAAACACUGCUGUUCUUUUCCUGAAAGUUAAAAUAUGCAGUUUUACUUUUCAAAAAGUCAUUUUAACAGUAUCAAAGAUGAACAAGAGUUAAUGAUCUCACUGGAAGUAUGUUGUCUUAAUUUCAAACAGGCCAAAAUUUUUCUGAGAAAAACAGUUUGUAUCCAGAUGUUUUUACAUCUCCUGAAACUGAUGUUCUGUAGAUGCUGAGAGAGAGAUGAGAAGGCCCACCAGUGUAUCUCUACAUGGGAGUGGCCACAUAUGCUACUGAACUAUUGUUAAGGAUAUUCUAAGUGUCCAGGUUGGUGAUGAAGGGCACUUGUUGUUUGGAUGUGUUGUCAUGCAAAAAGUAGCUGAUAUUGAGUGAAACUUAAACAUGUUAAAAAGUACACGAGUCAAUAAUAUUUUGCCCACUAGUUUCGUUCCAUAUCCCAAGCAAUUUUUAAGUAGUGUGUAAGAAAAGACACAGGAAACACGAUUUUAGACAGAAUCUCAUGUAGAUGCUGCCAAGUGUAUCCAUAGCUCGCCCGUACAAAGAUCUACCUAGCGAACAAAUGCAGGUGUAUGGAGGUUGUAUAGAACACCAUAGCUCCCUGACUCAGGCAAACAGUGACAUAGAUCUGGAUACUACCAGGAUGAUAUUUGUGUGUGUGUCUUCAAGGCAUAGUGAGACUUACCUCUGUAUUUUGAGGAGGGACCUCUGGGAUGAUAUAAUUUCCGUCUAAGGUCGGCUGGCCCAUUUGUCCAGUUUUGUGAUCAGUUUAAUUAGUAAUGAAAACGCUUACUCCGAAUUGUCACUGUUAUCAGUUGUCAUGGAAAUCUGCUGGGAUGUUAUUGUGUUGGCUGUUCUAGCUGUUGAGUAGCUGGUGUUCUUAUUGAACUUAUUACAUAGAAAUGAUGUUUUCUAAAAGGUUAUUUUGCCUAUGUGGAAAGUUUAUUUUUCUGUUUUUACUUUGUGUAAAAUUGUUAGCUUGCCAAGUGAUAUACCCAUCUGCAUCUUGAAUUGUGUGUCAAUUGAAUCUGCUGCCUUCACUUGGCCUUUCAUGUCUCACUGUAUUUGGACUGUUAUCUUUUUUUUGCUCUUUUGUUAAUAAUUGAGCACACCAGCAAACAGUCUUCACCAGAGAACAGAAUAUCAAACAGGAAGUGUCAGAAGCUAUAUUUUCUAUAUCCUUGCACCUACAACUGUGUGGAAGUAUGUGUGUACAGUGCCUUUCAUUCCUGCUAGAUACCAUUGGUUUGGGUAGUUCUUUUGAGAGCUGCUCAUACACCAGUUUUUGUGAUUGUGUGCUCGUAUGUCUUGUAGGGACAAUAAGUUUCUUGUCUUCCAUUUACGUCUGUUGCCUGGACUCAGUUUCUUGCAGCAACACAAAAUUUAUCCCAAACUGAUGAAAAUUUAGGUCAUCUGAGUUUUUAGCUCAGUGUUUUUUGUCUGGGAUCUCAGUGGAAUUGGCAGGGAUUUCCACUUUAAUUCUAAUGAAAAUUGAAGCUGAAAUUUAUUUAGAGAAACAAAUUUGAGCUUGUUUCAAGAAAACUGGGUGGUAUGCUGCUUUCAUAAGAAAGCUUAAAUCAGUAACUUAUGUUCAUGGCCAGACCGUGAUCAGUUCUGUGGAAUCUAGUACUGUCCUUUUCUUGUGAAAACACCCAUGACCCAUUCUUAGGUACAGUCUCCUUGUGUACAAUGCAUUGUUGAAAAAUACAAAGUUGUAGUUCAGAUUAAAUCUUACCUUACAUUAAUAACCCACUACACAUGGCAUUCUGUAUACAUGAUCAUGUUUUACUUUCUCAUAAAAAUAACGCCAAAAAAUGUGACCAGAGCCUUUAUUCUUGAAACGUUCAUAGCCCUAAGAAUUCUUAACUUUGAUAGUAGCCAACGUGUUAAGAAAGGGCUUAAAAAAAUCGUAGGGCUACGAAUGUUUUGAGAAUAGCUAGCCAGCUCUAUGUUUCCUGCUUUGGACAAAAAUCAAACCCCACUGUCUGUAUAAAGAUACCCAGGUGUAUUUUAGGGGUAAGGUGCAUGCAAUGUACUCACAAAA